UUCAUCGUCCACGUCGUCGACCAUGCUCACCUCGCGCGGCGUACACCGUCUCUCCCGCAGGGCGCUGAACAGCGCAAAGAAGACCAACGCGUUCUUCUCGUCCGCUGCGGUGCCCGCCAUCGCCGCCCGCGUCGCCCAUGCGCCCUCGUCACAACGCGCGCAGGCCCGUGCUCCCCGCGCGCCAGCGCAGUCCGCUCGCUCAUAUGCCACGGAGGCAAAGGCCAUCUCGGGCCAUGUGAAGACUGUCAUCGGUGCCGUCGUCGACGUGCAGUUUGAGACGGAGAACCUUCCUCCCAUCUUGAACGCGCUUGAGGUUGUCGACUUCCACGGUGGCCGUCUCGUCCUCGAGGUCGCCGCCCACCUGGGCGAGAACUCGGUCCGUACCAUUGCUAUGGACGGUACUGAGGGUCUUGUCCGCGGCCAGAAGGUCGUCGACACGGGUGCGCCCAUCAAGAUUCCCGUUGGUACUGCCACUCUCGGUCGCAUCAUGAACGUCAUUGGCGAGCCCAUUGAUGAGCGGGGUCCCAUCAAUGGUGUCAAGCUGUCUCCCAUCCACGCCGACCCUCCGGCCUUCGUGGAGCAGUCCACAACUGCUGAGGUCCUGGAGACUGGUAUCAAGGUCGUCGACUUGCUCGCGCCCUACGCCCGUGGUGGAAAGAUCGGUCUCUUCGGCGGUGCUGGUGUCGGCAAGACCGUGUUGAUUCAGGAGCUCAUCAACAACGUCGCGAAGGCGCACGGUGGUUUCUCUAUCUUCUGCGGUGUCGGCGAGCGUACUCGUGAGGGUAACGACUUGUACCACGAGAUGAUUGAGACCGGUGUCAUCAACCUCGAGGGUGACUCCAAGGUCGCCCUGGUGUUCGGUCAGAUGAACGAGCCCCCAGGUGCUCGUGCGCGUGUCGCCCUGACUGGUCUGACCAUUGCGGAGUACUUCCGUGACGAGGAGGGCCAGGACGUGCUCCUUUUCAUCGACAACAUUUUCCGUUUCACCCAGGCCGGUUCGGAGGUGUCUGCUCUGCUCGGUCGUAUCCCGUCUGCCGUCGGUUACCAGCCCACGCUCUCGACGGACAUGGGUGGCAUGCAGGAGCGUAUUACCACCACCAAGAAGGGGUCCAUCACGUCUGUGCAGGCCGUCUACGUGCCCGCCGAUGAUUUGACGGAUCCUGCUCCGGCUACCACCUUCGCUCACUUGGAUGCGACGACUGUGUUGUCGCGUCAGAUUGCUGAGCUUGGUAUCUACCCCGCCGUCGACCCUCUCGACUCGAAAUCCCGUAUGCUCGACCCCCGUAUCGUCGGCCACGAGCACUAUGAGGUCGCGACUGCUGUGCAGAAGAUCCUUCAGGACUACAAGUCGCUCCAGGAUAUCAUUGCUAUCUUGGGUAUGGACGAGUUGUCUGAGGAGGACAAGCUGACUGUCGAGCGUGCUCGUAAGAUCCAGCGUUUCAUGUCGCAGCCCUUCGCGGUCGCGCAGGUCUUCACCGGUUUCGAGGGCAAGCUCGUCUCGCUCAAGGACACCGUCCGGUCAUUCAAGGAGAUCCUCUCCGGCCAGCACGACACACUCCCCGAGUCUGCUUUCUACAUGGUCGGCACGAUCGAGGACGUCAAGACCAAGGCCGAUCAGCUCGCGAAGGAGAUGGGCGAGUCAUAAUCGGCUGUGUUGUAGCCGACGACGCGACGUGGACUGUGCUUGGAUGUGGCUCGGUGGACUGGAGUCGUUUCUUAGUUUAGAGCUGCAGUGCCAAUAAAAAGUAUAUUCUCUUUGCAAUGUCGAGCUUACUUCAUGCCUUGCAUCCGAGUGCAGUCGCGUACGUGCAUCAAAAUGUUUGUCUGGUCAAUCAAUGGGAUGGUAGCUUGUGUCGUA